UCCUCUCCAUGUCUCCUGCGCACGAUGGUGACUGUGUUUGCAGCGCAGCCAUGGACUCCGACACCACUUCCACACACACACACAGCGUGUGUAAUGGUCUAAUGUGUCCCGACUGAACGAGCAGAGCCAGAGAAAAGACGAAGGAGCGAGAAGAACAACCACUCAGAUCUCUGCUGAAAAGUAAAACCGCCUAAAUUAGACGAUUUCCUUCUGUGGCAACGGAAUUUGCAGUUCCUGCUCUUUUUUUGAGAUCCUGUCGGGGUUUGGAGUCUCCUGGCUCCACUGAGGUCACGACAUGGAAGCAGUCAACAGCAGACAUGAGACACUCAACCAGUCGACUGUGUUCACCUCAGUCUUCAACUCGAGCUGCCGCUUUGACGAGGAGUUUAAAUACAUCCUGCUGCCCGUGUCCUACAGUCUGGUGUUUGUGGUCGGCUUUGUGCUCAAUGCCGUGGCCUUGUGGAUGUUCCUAAAGAUGCGUCCGUGGAACCCCAGCACCGUGUACAUGUUCCACCUCGCCCUGUCCGACUUCCUGUACGUCCUCUCCCUGCCCACCCUCAUCUACUACUACGCCAACCGCAGUCACUGGCCCUUCGGGGUGGCCGCCUGCAAAAUAGUGCGCUUCCUCUUCUACGCUAACCUCUACAGCAGCAUCCUCUUCCUCACGUGCAUCAGCGUGCACCGUUACCUGGGCAUCUGCCACCCCAUCAAGGCGCUGACUCUGGUGAAGUCUCGCCACGCCCAUAUUGUGUGCGGGAUGGUGUGGUGCGUGGUGACUGUGUGCUUGGUGCCCAAGCUCAUUUUCGUCACCACGUCCACGAGGGACAACGACACCCUGUGCCAUGACACCACCAACCAGCAGGCCUUUGAGGAGUAUGUGGACUACAGCUCUGUUGUCAUGGUGCUCCUGUUUGGCGUCCCGUUCAUGGUCAUAGUGGUGUGUUACUGCCUGAUGGCGCGGACGCUGUGCCGGCCCAGACGUGGAUUAUCUGGCAGCCAGCAAAGCAACGCCUCACGUCAGAAAUCCAUCAAGCUCAUCAUAGUGGUGCUGGUGGUCUUCGCUGUGAGCUUCGUCCCUUUUCACAUCACGCGGACCCUCUACUACACCUCCCGCGUGUUAAAUCUGAACUGCAGAUUCCUCAACAUCGUCAACUUCACUUACAAGAUCACCAGGCCGCUGGCCAGUGUCAACAGCUGCAUUGACCCCAUCCUGUAUUUCCUGGCUGGGGAUCACUACCGCUCCAAAAUGCUGUCCGUCCUGAUGAGAAAGAAACGGACGACGAACAGCCAAACACCCGAACAGCAGCAGAACAGUAACCACGGCGUUGCUCUGGCCUAUUGUCCCUCAGCCCUUAAAUCUACAGGAGAGGUGGAGAAAUGCUGAUAAAUCUGUUGCAGAAAUUUAAAGUACAAAACGUUUCUAACGCCACAUUCAGGAGCACCUGUUGAUUUUUGCACUGAGAGGUCUGGAACUACUUUUGAAGUAGAAUGUACUUCCAGUUUUUCUCCUAAAUAUUUCAGUAUUUGUGUUCAUAAAGAUCACAUUUCACCUCCACUCACCUUCCAUUAUGUUUUUAAAAUGAAUUUGGUACCUUUCGGUAAACUCAGUAUUCAGACAGUAUUCACACUGUCCAGUGAAAUGGUGCCUGUGCAGAGAAAAGCUGGGGGAAUAAUCAAUGAAGCAGUUUUCAGACAUUCUUUGGGAGAAUGUUCGCAGGAUUGGGUUCGGUCUUUCACACAUGAACGCAACAGGAGACUCUCCGCUCAGACAAUUUCCUGAGAUUCUCUGGAGUUCAGUGCUCGUCCGAAAGCAGCUUGAGACUCUUGAAUAUUUUGGCACAGGUGGUCACAUGUGCCUUUAAGUAAAUUUCGAACAAUAAAUUUCUAUGCCACACGUUGAUCUAAAUAUUAAAGUUACAUGAGAUAAAAAAGGACAGAUGCUGGCUCUCAUCUCAGAAAUUGAGAAAGUUAUGAUGAGACAAUCCUUCCUGUUUGUAUCAGCGGCGUCUGUGUGUUACUCAGAAACUGCCGCUCCUCUGCAGCUGUUUUUGUCCUUCAGUGUUCACAGCUGAUGCCUCAACUCAACCAUGAAGAAAAGCAUUUUUCUUUCAAACCACCCAUGCCUCAUUAGAGGAAUAAGGGAUUUUCCUUUCCCCCUUUUUACCUCUGGGGUAGAUACAUGGAAUUUAAAGGCCUUUUUCUAUCAGAAAUCAAAAACUGAACGCCUUGAUAGUUUUGCAGGAUGUGACAAUGAUUCAAGAGAGAGUGACCACAUGAGUUACUGUGGUUGUUGUAUGUCACGUACAAUGAACUGAUAAGACAGUGACACUGUUUGUGAGCUCAUGGAAGUCGAAUGUUCAUCCUCAUUAAAAGAGAAAUGGAUUUAUAUGAGUUGCUGUGAAACAAAAUGUAAUUUCUCUUAACAACUGUCAAGGGUCCACCUGCUGACACCUGAGCAGCUGCAGUUCAGGUGGUGUGUCUAAAGUGAAAGCAGAGUUAUGCUCCUCGAGAUCCUGGCACAGACGUCUGUUUUCUGGAUCAGGGUGUUGACUAAAUAAAUACUGCAACAAUGAUGAAA